AUGUGGGGGCUGGGACUGCAGAUGGACCUCUGUGGCUGGACCAGUCAACGGGUCGCCCCGGAAGCUGGCUCUAGCAUGACAAAGCCCAGGUCUCCACCACCUCGGCCCAGAGUGAAUGGCUGGUCCCGGCCGAUCCACACCCCGCCGGUGGUAGUCUGGACCAGUCUCCUGGCCUUGGCCUUCACCGGCUUUGGCAUCUUCAUCCCCCUGCUGCCCUAUGGCCUGAAGCUUGUUGCAUACAGUGUAUCCUUUUCGCUGGACAUCCCCAACAGCAUUCCUUCUCUGGGCAGCUCAUGGGCUCACGUCCUGGUAGAAAGGACACACUUUCAUGUGAAGGGACUGCUCCUCAUCUGCCCUCACCGGAUCCUGAACUUGGGGAAAGCAGUGGAAAACGUGAUUUUCACAGGCCUGCGGUCAUGCGCCCUGGGGUCUGAUCAGGGUCAAGGGAAGGUGACCGGUGGGCUCCUCCUAUUCCAUCUAGUAGUUCUUGUGGCUACAAUUACCAUCGAUCCAGCGGAGCCCAAUGUUCGCCGCAAGAACUACAGGAGGCCCAGGACCAUCUUUGACCGGUCUAAGCUCUUGCUCUUCACUGAGACCCGCUACUGCCACCUCUGCGGGGUCACUGUGAGCGCGAGAGCAAAACACUGUAGGGCCUGCAACAAGUGCACUGCAGGUUUUGAUCACCACUGCAAGUGGCUAAACAACUGCGUGGGCAGCAGGAAUUAUUGGUGGUUCUUCACAUCUGUGCUGUCAGCCGUGGCCUGCCUCCUCUGCCUAAUGGCCGUUGUCACCCAUGUAAUGAUAAUAUACUGGGUGGACCAGGAGGCACUUCGCUCGGACCCCCAGUUUCAAAAGAUCACGGAUGAGAACACCUGGCUGCUCUUCCUCCCCUUCAUUCCUCUAAAAGUUAAGGCCCCAGUGCUCCUGACCAUCGGGGCAGCCGUGCUGGUGCUGGUCUUUUCAGGCCUCCUGAUCCUGGGGUAUCUGUUCGUGUUCCACGUGUAUAUCCGUGAGUACCGCCAGCCCACUCCAGGUCGGAAGGUGGUGGUUCAGGCCCAAGGAGCAAGAAAUCCUGUGGAAGGAAAAGAGGUGGUCGACGGAGACUUGGCCACAGGAGUGGAGUCGUUCAUGUUGUCUGGGUCCUUCAACUUGGACGCCUUAUCCAUCAAGAGACCGCCCAGCAACCUGAGCCACUCCAGCCUCAUGCCCCAGUACUCAGCCCACUCGGGCAUCAGCUUCUCCUCCACAAAUCUCCAGAGUGUCCCGCAGAGGAGCCAGAAGCCCUGCAGCUCCACGUCCAGAACCCUUAGUCUGAGCAGCCACCCAGAAGAAGAGCAGGUCAUCCGCAUUGUGGACCCCCUCCCCCACGACCAGCUGCCAGAAGACACUGAGGAGGAGGCUCUAUGCAGGGCCACAUCAGCCAGCCCAGUGGCCGCAGGCCCCCUGGGAGCUCAGGGGCAGUCAAGCAGCGGCCUCUGCCCUGUCCUCAAUCCGGAUCCCGGCAGCCCCUCAGGGGACGCCCUUGAGACAGGUGUCGGCACAGUGCUGCGAAUCCAGGUUAUCCCCAUGGACAAUGCUUCUGAGAUCUCAGAUGAAGGGGAUCUGCCAACUGUGUGA